CAGAAGUCAAAGUGACAAGGUCACAUUCAAUUGCUGUGGAGAGGCACUUGACUUCCGCCUACAGUGGAAACCAGAAAGUGGUGUUACACUGGAAGAACAACCAUUCCCGGAAGAUUUGAAGUGCAUUCAAAUUGACAUAAUGAGAAAUGGAGAGGAGACCCGGAAGUUUAAUUGCAAUAUGACAUUCAGAGGUACUACAUUUGUAAAGGAAGCUACCGUGCACUUUUUAAAUAAAGAUGAGAAUUUUUCUUGUAAUGACCCAUAUGGCCCUGGGAAAGAAAAUGACGAGGUUUCUAUAGGCUGCACAAUGGCCAUAAAUGGCAGCCAGACAUACCGAUGUGAGAAUGCCACAUGGAUAUUUGUGAGCAGCAAUUGCCUCUUACCUGAAAUUAAGGAGCUAGAAAUAGAAUCAAAGAGUUUGGAUCUAGAAAACAUUGUUGUUUUUGUAUCGAGAGUCCGUAAUGUCACCGAGACAUUCGAAGCUGAUGUAGUCAUUUCAACUGCAAAUAUUUUAACCGUUGUGGACAUACUGACAGCUGUUCUGGAUGUUAUAAAUGGUACGGAAGUCAACGACACUGUGAUUGUGGAUUUCCUGAGUACUGUGAAUGUUUUAGUUGGAAACAAUACAGAAGGAACCUGGGGACUGUUAAAUGAAGACGACGACACCAACAACACUAGUUCUCAAUUACUGGCAUCAGUAGAGGGAAUCGUACAAGCCAUUGAAAACACAACCAUUAAUCUUACAAGAUCCAAUAUUGAGCUAAACAAAGAAGUAUUCUCUGGUAACUUCAUCAUGACCUUUAGUUCAACUGACAAUAUAAAUGUUUUCGAAUCAAUGCCUCGCUUCCAAACUGCAAUUACCACUGUACUCUUUCGCACCCUGCACUUCGUUUUACCAGCACGGAGCCUUACCAGUCCGAAUAACACAAUUAACGGAGCCGUCAUAUUAGCCUACACGAACAGCACAGUUACUAACGUCACUUUGACGUUCAAUAUAAGAAACACAACACUGGCCAAUCCUCAGUGUGUCUUUUGGAACUUCAGUGAAACAGCAUGGGACUCGUCAGGGUGCGAGGUGGAAACGGACGGGAAUGAGACCAUAACGUGUUUCUGUAACCACCUGACCUCUUUCUCCAUUCUGAUGUCACCUUCCAUCCCUGAAGCAAUCCGACUCGUUUUGGAUUUCAUCACCUACAUUGGAGUAGGCAUAUCAUUGGGCAGCCUGGUCCUGUGCCUUAUCAUUGAAGGCAUUGUGUGGACUGUCGUCACCAGAAACGACAUAUCCUACAUGCGGCAUGUUACCAUCGUCAACAUCGCUGUGUCCCUGCUUAUUGCAAACAUAUGGUUUAUCAUCGGGGCGGCCAUAUCAGAUAUUGACGAGGAGACGCCAGUCGGCCCCUGCAGUGCUGCGACCUUUUUCAUCCACUUCUUUUACCUGGCCUUGUUCUUCUGGAUGUUGAUUUCAGGCCUGCUGCUCUUUUACCACAUGGUUAUGGUCUUCGCCCAUAUGUCCAAGAGGACCAUGAUGGCCAUCAGCUUCUCAGUAGGCUAUGGCGCCCCCCUCAUCAUCGCUGUCGUCACGGUUGCAGUCACGGCACCGCAGAACGGAUACUUCCGGCAAAACGACGCCUGCUGGCUCAACUGGUUCCAGACAAAGGCCCUCCUUGCUUUUGUGAUUCCUGCCCUGGCCAUAGUGGUCAUAAAUUUCCUCAUCCUGAUUGUGGUACUGUAUAAAUUGUUGAGGAGGGGAGUGGGAGAGAACCAGUCAGAUGAGAGAAAUGCCUUGGUGGUCAUCGCAAGGUGUGUCGCUCUCCUCACCCCUUUCUUUGGACUCACGUGGGGAUUCGGAAUAGGAGUCAUGCUCGCACCGGAAAGCAUUGGCCUUCACGUUGUGUUCGCCGUUCUUAAUUCAUUACAGGGUUUCUUUGUUUUAGUGUUUGGGACACUGUUAGACAGCAGGAUACGAGCAGCAUUAGCAGGGAGGUUCUCCUUUUUAAACACAAGCUCCAACCGCUCCAACCGCACAAGGACCACAAGUGGAGGUCCCUCUUCAUCAAGUGGAUUGGGUCUGUUUCGAAGGCAUAGAAGAGAUGCAUACCAUGUCUCGGAACCUGCAACCUCAAGCCAGUCAAAUACCGCUUCUGAAUCUUUCAUGAACACUUAAGGCUUUUCAGCAUGGCAUGUAACACACUUAUCAUCUAUGUUGUGAUAAUGACACAGUAUACCCAUCAGGACCAUGGACAUACAAAUGGCUAUAUGUAAGGAAUUUAGAGCACAGUACUUUGUGAGGAUAUUUUUUUAUAGACACAUAGGCUAAGUAAUAGGCUUCCUGAAACCGUUUGGAACAUCAAUAAGAAGAGUGCAAACCCUACACCCUGAUGUCCUUCAGUGUCUCCAAAUCUAUCCAAAACUGUUUUCACUCACAAAAUUCACCUUUACAUAAUUUCCAAAUUACUAUAUUUUCACCUGACAAUCCUCCCACAUUACUCCAUGGGGGGACUGUCCCCUGCUUAGUCUAAACAACUGUAAGUCACUUUGGAUAAAAGCAUAAGCUAAAAUAACAUGUUAAAAGCCCCACAUUGGACAAUAUUAAAUAAUCAUAUCAAAUCAGGUUUUCUACUAAUAUCACAUUCCUUUAUUGCCUUCACAUGCAAUACAUUAUUGGGAAGAGAAAACAAUUGUAUCAAUAAAAUUAUGAUAUCUUGUUUGAAGAAAAUGGCACUGUUAAAAGUGACAUACGCAAUGUGUUAACAAGCCUCAGCGUUUUCUCCGGAUGACUGCGAUAAUGGCCACUGUCAAAGCAACUGUGCCAGCAGCACCACCAAUCAGCACCCCAAGGACGUUCCCUUCAAUCCGCUGUUUCUCACAGAUGGCACCCGUGUAGAAAGUGGCCUGACUCGAUGCACAUCUGCAGAAAACAAGAUAAUGCAUUGUCAACUUUGUAGUAUAAUGCCUGUCCAUAGCAGCAACAGAGGUGUACAAUGCCCGAUGAGAUAUCGAUCCAUGCUUGUGGCAUCCCAACCCAAGUUAGCAAUUCUCCUUCAACCAUAUGUUUGCAAUCAAUUUCUCCUCAGAAAAAGAUUGUCCCAUAGUUGAUCCAUAGGUUUGGACCCCACUACUACAGAAUGUCCUGUUGUUGUGCACAGUAGUGUAUUGUAAAGCUGACUUUGUCUGUAAAUAGGACCCCGCCAAAUCAAAAACUAGAUCAUGAUAAUGGCUGCAGCAGUGAAAUGACCUCCACUUAAGAAAAAGACUUUUAGUAAGAAUGUAUAUUUUGCAUUUACACUUUACAUUUAUAUUUUUGUUAUUUGGCAGAUGCUUUUAAUCCAAAGCGAUUUACAAGUGGCUUACGACUUACUUACAAAUCCAC